UCUAGACAAAAACGAGUAUAUAGUUGCAAGAUAUGCACAGUCACACACACAUGUCUCAAUUUGCAUCCCCAAACAGCGCAAUACGAACGACUCUCGAUUUCUUUCGCGUAAAACCCUAACACAAAAUCGAUCUCCUCUUACCCUGUCUCUCUCUCUUUCUAACAUCAAACCUUCAUUUCUCCGAAACUAAUCUCUCUCUGGACUUUCCGAUUUUUGUCGUUUUCAUCGAUUGAUGCUCCGCAAUCUCUACGAUUGACAUUGGAAUCCGUCCAUUUUCUCUAUCUUAAUUCUUGUAGCUUUCUUUUGUUCUUUUUCUUUUCCCCUAAAGAUCCUUCGUGCUCGUUAUUAGCAUUUCUUGAUUUUUGAUUUUGUUAGGGCUUUUGUGAGAUUGGGCAAGGCUGGCGGGUUUCGAGAUCAGGUGAUGGCGGAUUCGCCAGGUGUCCGCCAACGCGUGUUGCUUGAUUUGGGUUUCAUCGAACUUGUAAGAAUUGGACCAUUUGUAGGAUCACUUGUAGGGUUAGGGUUUGAUAAUUGUGUUGUUGAGUGGGAAGUAAGAGAGUGAAAAUUAUGCUGAGCGUGCUUCGAGUGCACCUUCCGUCUGAUAUUCCGAUUGUAGGCUGCGAGCUCUCGCCGUACGUGCUAUUGAGGCGUCCCGACAAAUCCGCUACCACCGAGGAUGUCCCCGAAUCCGCUCCCAUCGACGGUCAUUUCUUGAGAUACAAGUGGUAUCGUAUACAAAGUGAUAAAAAAGUCGCCAUCUGUAGUGUACAUCCAUCAGAGCAAGCCACAUUGCAGUGCCUUGGAUGUGUUAAGGCCAAAAUUCCUGUUGCUAAAAGUUACCAUUGCUCUCCUAAAUGUUUUUCGGAUGCAUGGCAGCAUCAUCGUGUUCUACAUGAGCGUGCUGCCAGUGCUGUAAAUGAAAAUGGAACUGAGGAGGAAGAAUUAUUUGGGCGCUUCAAUAGCACAGGAUCUGGGGUUGUGAACGCAAACUUGCCUGCUUUGCAACCAAACCCUAACUUGGCCAAUGGUGCAGCUUCUUUAUAUCCUGCGGUAGUUGCCCAAAGGAAUGGUGGUGAAACUUGGUUUGAAGUAGGACGCUCCAAGACAUACACACCAACAGCCGAUGAUAUUGGUCAUGUCCUUAAGUUUGAAUGUGUUGUGGUAGAUGCUGAAACAAAACUAACUGUUGGACAUGUCAACACCAUAUUAACAUCCCGUGUUAUUCCGGCCCCAUCCCCUAGUCCACGUCGUUUGAUCUCAGUUAGUGGAGUUGAUGUGCUGGGGCAUUUAGAUUCAGAUGGCCGCAUGUUAUCUGCUGGAACUUUUUCUGUGCUCUCAUACAACAUCUUAGCUGAUGUCUAUGCAAGCAGUGAAUUAUACACUUAUUGCCCUUCCUGGGCUCUUUCUUGGCCUUAUCGCAGGCAGAAUUUAUUGCGAGAAAUAGUUGGCUAUCGUGCAGACAUUGUUUGUCUCCAAGAGGUUCAAAGUGAUCACUUUGAGGAAUAUUUUGCCCCCGAGCUUGACAAACAUGGUUAUCAAGCUCUAUUUAAGAGAAAAACGGCAGAGGUUUUCAGUGGAAAUGUUCAUACAAUUGAUGGGUGUGCUACAUUUUUUCGUAGAGACAGAUUUUCACAUGUAAAAAAAUACGAGGUUGAGUUCAAUAAAGCUGCGCAGUCUCUGACAGAUGCUUUGGUUCCUAGUGCUCAGAAGAAAACUGCUCUCAGUCGAUUGGUUAAGGAUAAUGUUGCACUGAUAGUGGUUCUAGAAGCAAAAUUUAGCAACCAGGGGAUCGAUAAUCCUGGGAAACGCCAACUUGUUUGUGUGGCAAACACACAUGUAAAUGUUCACCAAGAUUUAAAGGAUGUUAAGCUCUGGCAGGUUCACACUCUCUUAAAAGGAUUGGAAAAGAUAGCUGCCAGUGCAGACAUUCCCAUGUUGGUUUGUGGGGAUUUUAAUGCUAUUCCUGGAAGUUGUCCUCAUGCACUUCUUGCGAUGGGGAAAGUUGAUCCCAUGCAUCCAGAUUUAGCAGUAGACCCUAUUGGAAUCUUGCGCCCUGCUAGCAAAAUAACACAUCAGUUGCCGCUGGUAAGCGCGUACUCAUCCUUUGCAAGAAUAGGGGUUGGUCUUGGUCUAGAGCAACAGAGAAGGAGAAUGGAUCCUGCUACAAAUGAACCAUUAUUUACGAAUUGCACCAGGGACUUUAUUGGUACAGUUGAUUACAUAUUUUAUUCAGCGGACUCUUUAACUGUGGAAUCUUUGUUGGAGCUCUUGGAUGAGGAUAGCUUGAGGAAAGACACAGCACUUCCUUCUCCGGAGUGGUCUUCUGAUCAUAUAGCACUUUUAGCUGAAUUUCGCUGCAAGCCUAGAACUAGACGUUGAUGCUGCUGGGUCAGUUAUGAAGGUGAAUCCUUGAGAUAGAAGUAGAGAGCCAAAAGAAAAAGAUAAGUUAUUGUAAGAAUAUGGUAAAUCAUGCUCCCUAUGUUUUUUUCGUGGGUAUUUCCCAAGUGCGAUCUUUGAUAUGAUCUGCUUUGUAUUAUGCUACCUUUGUCUCAUAGAAAAAUCAUGAUAUGUUUAAUUCAAUUUUCUUUUUUUUCUUUUAAAUAGAAAUAUAGUUCACUAAUA